CUUAUUGCGAGAGAGGAACAUUAUGGUGCUUGCCCAAUUCUGAUCGUAUAAAAACUCGAUAACAUCUACAUGCGCCUAGCAUAAUCAGGUUACCAUACUGCUUUAACAAGAGGUACCCCCUUCGCAACCUUGUUUUCGUUCAUUUCUUCCAAAGGUGUCAUCGCCUUCCGACUUCCACCGAGCAUCAAACUUGCUCAAGACGCGUCUCAAGACGUGUCAAACGCGAAAGCUGGCUACUCACUGAACGAAGUAAUACACUAUCUGUUCCUAGGCCGCUCAUCCUCACAUUGCCUGUCACCUCGCCUCGACCAGUAAGAUGUCGCUAAAGCCAGUUCACACUACGCAACCGCCAUUCUUGUACGCGGCAGGAAACACGCCAGCUGUGAGCUUAACGCAAUCUCUUCCGCCAGAACAAGAUGCUGCUCUGCUUCUACUUGGUUGCGGGGACAUCCGGAACAUCCUCUCCAGCGUCUAUAAUGGAGCUGGUACUAAUGGACGCAAACUUGACUUUACCUGCUGCGACCUUGAGACAGAAAUAAUUGCCCGUAACGUCCUGGCGCUGAGUACGAUCCUCGACGAUGCAAAAGGCACUUGCGUCCGGCUGCUCUGGAACUUAUAUUAUCAUGUCUUCAUUGAUAAUGAAACUUUGACUCUUCUACAAGGCCAAGCUAAAAAACUCCUCAAUCACGCGGAAUCUCUUGAAGAGUGGGAACAAGGCCCAUACGGCAACUUGGUUCGUUUUUGUGAUAACACGACCUUUGCGAACGUGGUCAAGCUCUGGGAGUUGUACUCGGUCGAGCCCUCUGACCAGUCGAGGUAUAAAGAGGUGCAAGAGACAGUGAGACGCCAAUGGGACGCAGCUAGGCGUUAUAAGAACAUGAUGGUAUCUAAUGAUGGAAUCGUUGUGGAUGGACUUCGCGCUGCAGCUCCGUUUUUCAUUGAAGGUUAUGCUGACGUCCCAAGGCAAUACCAGACAUUCUGGGAUAGCGGCACUUGCUUCGAAGACAAGAAAGCUAUCAAGAAACUCACCUUCGCUAACCCUAUGUUUGCCUGUCGUCGUAGCGGUCUCAUCCUCCACUAUGCUAACAAUCCUUUGUGGGGCUUCCACCUCUCCCUCAUACAUGUACCACUCUCAGCGGAUUCGCCACUGGGGGUAUCAAAAGCAGUGCCGGCGUCAGAAAAGUCCAUGCCUAAAGAGCUGAGAGCAGCUCUCGUCCAACUCGGUGCGUGGUGCCAGGCAUUCCGUGAUGCUGACGGUCAAGUCACGGUUCGCUAUGUCAGUUCAGAUGCUAUCGCUUUUUGUCAUGUACUCCAGCACCAUCGCACGAACAACGGGUCACACAAAGCCAACUGGUACAGAGGGACUUGGAACUACAACCCCCUGGUACUCGAUUCAUCAGACUACGCAGACUCUGGCCACGCGCCCCUCUCUUUCGACGUGAUCGACACAUCGAAUCUAGUAGACCAUCUCGGUAGUCUGAACCUCAUCACCGCCACAGCUCCAUUACUCCGUGAACUGCCAUCAUCGACCCUCCGUACGGAGAUGUUGUUGCCGCGAGAGAUAAGUGUAGCAGAGUCUGCAAAGACAUUGCUUAGUGGUGAUCUCCCGACAAUGGCACUGCUGCUCGGACUGAAGCCAAUACAGUACUUGGCAAAUGCCACCGCAACUUGGCACGUCAACGAGCCUACGUUGGAGGACAUUCCUGGUGCCAAAGAUAUCGCUGGUAUACUAGCGCGGAAUAUUGUUGUCUGGAAGCCUGCCGAGAUUGGCAAGGUGAAGUACGAAGCCACCGAACUGGCCAAAUUUGUCGGCAACCUCUACAUGGAGAUGUUUCCAGACGAGGACUUGACUCGGAAGCUCCAGAAGUUUCAAAUUGGGAAUGAAGAUGAACGACUUAAGAAGCUUCAAUUUUGGGAAGUGUAUACAAAGGCCGGCUUGGCUGUUGUUCUGCGGCAUCUCAAAAACACAGACAUUGUAGAAUGGCUCCCAUUCAUGGACGACUUGGCUGACAACAUCUUGGCCGAUGAGAAAGUGAACAUGAGUCCAUAUCAGUUCCAUUCAUUGUUCGCGCACCUCGAUAUGUUCGGAUUGUACUCUAUCGAGGAAGACUGCACGUUCCAGCAAGACUUGCAUACUAACAUCUUCUUAACCUGGAGCCAGAUGCCACCCAUUGUCUGUGUCACCAUGGUCGUUCCUCACUCAGCCGUAGCGGCGUUUGACGAUCUCAACGACUAUAAUGGAACACCACUGUGUCAACUGCAACUUAGUUCGUCGCCGCACUCUAAGAAAAAAUCCAUAUACCCCGACGUACAGCUCGGAUUUGGAAAAUUAACGACGUCCGGAACGCCUUUGACAAACAGCUAUAGGGUUUACGUCGAAGAUGACCAGGCAGGAUGCAACGGCAAGUCGCCACUCAUUGUCUCAGCCAUGGUGUCAAGAUACUCUCUUAUUCAAUAUGGAGGUACAGAAUGUGGCGUAAUGUUCGGGCUGAAGGGAACGACAGCGAAUGCAGCACACUUCUCACCAUCCCUUGGCGAGCACCUGCAUUUGCAUACCUCAGCUGUUAACAGAAAGAACGUCUUCGUCACGAGAUAUCGACCCAACAUGACAGGGCACGCUUCUGUACAGUGCGCGGCUCCCUCGGCUAAAACACAUGACGAAGAUGUAGCUAUCACUGUUCGGCCAUGUUUCGACGACACUUCGUCCAGGAUUAUCUCCUUGCAUACGCGGCUUGACAUCAUCUCAGUGGACGUCAAGACAGCGUUGCAGAGCGCUGCGGCCGUUGAGGUCGAGCUGUCAAAUCCUUAUAGCCUGAUUAUAAAGGUCGGCAGCGCGUUCCGGAAGGUAUUGGAGUUGCCUCUGCCACUGGACGGUGCUCGUGGGAAAACCAAGGUUGCACGCAAAUCGUUAUGGAUUGAGUACUCUGCGCCAGUUGCCCAGCCGAGCCUUCUUGCUUCGCGCCCAGACUCAGUGUUUUCCAUUCAAAUGACCCCUUCGUCCAAACCCCUACUUGAUCAUCUUCACUACGUUUUGCCUGAUGUUCUCCCCAAAAUGAACAAUGCCAAGGCGAACAUAAACACCGACUCACUGUCGGCCCUAGUCUCAACCAGGGCGACCAUGUCAGCUACGGAGCAUGCUGCGUUUAAGAAAGCCAUUUCCACCACGGAUCUUCACAAAGGCGGACGUUUGGGCAUGAAGGAGACCAUCGUCUCCAUGUUCAUUAUGGCGCUGGGGCUUCAAAAGCAAGAGAAGACGUCUGUCUUCGGCUUAAAGGGAAGCCAUGGAGACUUCGCUACGAUCUUCGUAGAUGCAGUUCGGAUUGAUGUCUCCAACCAAACUAUUAUUCUAGACGCAGCUUGCGUCGCGCUUCACGACGAAAUCAGCGACAAAUUUAGCACGACUCUGUCAGACAUCAUGUCGGACGUUGACAACGUGAGAGGUGUCUUUAUCACGCCAGACGCCAAGGAAGUUCCCUUCUGGAAGCACCUCUUACCCACCUUCGCAGAGCGCUGCCGUCAGUGGAAGCACAAGUCAACGUGCGAGUACAAGCCCGAGGGCAGGAUUCCGCUUUCUACAGACGCAGGCAAGCGUUACAUGUGUAGAUGUGGCAUUGAUAUCUUCCCAGCCGGAUAUAUGAAGGAGUUGAAGCAGUUUUCAAGAAUUUCCAAGCACGCUGUUCGGGUUGCUAUACCACUCAUCUUCGCCUCGCCCAUCAGCCCUGAGGAUGCUACUGCUUCACCACGACCCGCCCAAAGCCAUCAGCCUGCCGCUCCCGCACCCGCUGGUCAGCAGAACGGAAGCGCAGCAUCUCUUAUGGACGAAGAUGAUGCAAAGAUAUUACAGUGUAUUGCGUGCGAUGCGACGAGGGCGAAAGACGGAGGCGAACUCAAGAAGUGCAGUCGGUGCAAGUUAACGCGCUACUGCUCUGCUGAAUGCCAGGCGUGGGAUUGGAAGAACGGGCACAAGGUUUCCUGCAAGUUUUUGAAAGAGCACAGAGAGUUUUUUCAGUGAGUCGUGUCUGUAGCAAGCGGAUGCAAUUGCAAUUGGAAUGAGCUUAGUGCGUCGCGAGGUUGGGCUGGGGUUGACAGAAGAAUGAUGACGAAGUAGAAUGAAUGCACAAUACGCACUUGCCGCUCGAAUAAGAAUAAUCAGAGCCACGGUGCAAGAUGGAGG